GUCGGCGUUAAUAAAAGCGCAACGGCGAUCUAGGCGUGCGUCGUCCACUCGUCCUCCUCCUCGCUCCUAUCGCCGCCGCCGCCGCCGCCGCCGCCGCCGCCGCCGCGUCUCCUCCGCUUCCGUCUCCCCCUCGAGUCCACCACUGCACUAGGAGGGGAGCGAGAGAGAGAGAGAGAGAUGGCGGACGCGAAGCAGCAGCCGACGACGGCGGCGGCCGCCACGGGGGUCUGGAAGACGGUGAAGCCGUUCGUCAACGGCGGGGCCUCCGGGAUGCUCGCCACCUGCGUCAUCCAGCCUAUCGACAUGGUCAAGGUGAAGAUCCAGUUGGGAGAGGGAUCUGCACUUCAGGUCACAAAGAACAUGCUUGCCAAUGAGGGAGUUACUUCUUUUUACAAGGGUCUGUCUGCUGGUUUACUAAGGCAAGCGACAUAUACAACUGCUCGUCUUGGAUCCUUCAGGGUUCUCACAAACAAAGCAGUUGAAAAGAACGAUGGGAAGCCAUUGCCUUUAGUUCAGAAAGCUUUUAUUGGCCUGACUGCUGGAGCAAUUGGUGCAUGUGUUGGUAGCCCUGCUGAUUUGGCACUCAUUAGGAUGCAGGCUGAUUCGACCUUGCCAAUUGCACAGCGGCGUAACUACAAGAAUGCUUUCCAUGCACUCUACCGUAUUGUUGCUGAUGAAGGUGUCCUUGCACUUUGGAAGGGUGCAGGCCCUACUGUUGUUAGAGCCAUGGCACUGAACAUGGGUAUGCUUGCUUCCUAUGAUCAGAGUGUUGAGCUAUUCAGAGACAAACUUGGUGCUGGAGAAGUUCAGACCGUACUUGGAGCCAGUGCUGUUUCUGGAUUCUUUGCAUCGGCUUGCAGUUUGCCCUUUGACUAUGUGAAGACACAAAUCCAGAAGAUGCAACCUGAUGCCAGUGGGAAGUACCCGUACACUGGUUCUUUGGACUGUGCUAUGAAGACAUUCAAGAGCGGUGGCCCAUUCAAGUUCUACACUGGCUUCCCUGUAUACUGUGUCAGGAUUGCUCCCCAUGUGAUGAUGACAUGGAUAUUCUUGAAUCAAAUCCAGAAGUUUGAGAAGAAGAUCGGCAUAUAAGGUCUCCAAGCAGGAAUAGGUUCAUUGUGCGGGACUAUUAUUUGCUCGAGCGAGAUAAUAACAUUCCAGCUGCUUACACUCUCGGUAGUUGGUUUUGGUAGACAAAAGUUUAAACCAAGUUAUCGUAGCUUUACAUGUUGCCUGUGGUGGUACUGUUGUGUCUGCAAUAAUCGAAUCAUUUGUUGUAACUGGGGCGAUUUUUUUGGGGUGGACGAUACUUAUUUUUGUUGGCUGGGACACAGCCAUGAGGGGGGAUACUUCCUGCUUGUGCCAUUGAAUUUAAUUCGACCAUAUUUUAUACAGUUUUUUCGGAAGUC